CGAGGGGCGCCGCGCUCCCGCCCUGCUGUGCGUGGGGUGGGACCCCGCGCCCGGGCUGAGUCACGAGCGGCCCGGGCGGAGCCGUGGGGCUCCUCGGGCCUGGGACCCGCGCGGAUGCGGGGGAGGGGGGGCGAGGAUGACGCGCUCGCCGGGAGUCAGGAUGACGCAGUCCAUGUGUCGGGGGGAUUUAAAAGUUUGGGAAGGGACCGCGGGCUCCGCAGCUCGGCGACUCCAGAGCGGGAGGGAAGCGAGAGACGCAGCAGCGGGCGGGGCGGGAAGGGCUUCCGCGGCGCAGACUCGGGGCCAGCCGGGCCCCCCUUCGGCAGACGCCAUGCUCAGGAGAGGCUCCGGCCACCAGCUGCCCCCUGUUCAGCACCACGCCGCCUCCUCCCGCGGCAGCCAGCCCCGCCUUAGGAACCAGCCGGGGGGCCACAGCCACGUGCCAGGAGCCCCCCUGCUCUUGCUCUUCCUGCUCCUCGCCUCCGGGACGUGCGCCUGCCAAGGUGUACCAGUGCCAUCUCAAGAACUACAGGCAGAACAAGAUUUGCAGCUGUGGAAUGAAAUCAAUGGUGCAUGUUCUGCUUAUCUGUCCAUCAUAGACCCUCACCCUGAGGCAUCUAGUGCACUGGAAGAACUUUGCUUUAUGGUCAUGGGAUUUCUACAGAAACCUCAGGGUUUAGAGGAAAAAGACAACACCAAAAGGGAUCCAAAUGAAGAUACGGAAUGGAAUGACAUAUUAAGAGAUUUUGGAAUUCUACCUCCAAAAGAUGAGCCAAAGGAUGAAACUGAAGAAAUGGUUUUACAUUUACAGAAAGAAGCAGAGGUGAAACUAUAUGAAAGAAUGACUCUUAAAGAACUAAAUGAAACUGAAGAUGACUUUGAUGAGGAUGAUAUGAAAGCUCUUGAAAUGUAUAGGCAACAACGGUUGCAAGAAUGGAAAAGUCUUCAGAAAAGACAAAAAUAUGGGGAGCUGAGAGAAAUUUCUGGUGAGCAAUAUGUGAAAGAAGUCACAAAUGCUCAGAAGGAUGUGUGGGUUGUAAUUCAUCUAUAUAGAUCAAGCAUCCCAAUGUGCUUGCUAGUUAACCAGCAUCUCAGCCUGCUAGCCAGAAAGUUUCCAGAAAUCAAGUUUAUCAAAGCCAUUGUGAAUAGCUGUAUUCAAAACUACCAUGACAGAUGUUUACCCACAAUUUUUGUGUACAGAAAUGGUCAGAUAAAAGGCAGAUUCAUUGGAGUUACUGAAUGUGGAGGGACAAAUCUUAAACUAGAAGAGCUUGAAUGGAACUUAGCACAAGUUGGAGCAAUAAAAACUGACUUAGAAGAAAACCCCAAACAAAACAUUACGGAUAUGAUGAUGUCUUCAGUUAGAAGUGCUUCUAUUCAUGACACCAACAGUGCUAGUAGGGACAAUGAUGAGACCAAAUGUUACUCACAUAGGAUUUUUUAAUACUAGUACUUUGCAUUGAUGUUUUAAUGUUUGGUCAACAUAUGUAUGUUUAUUAUGGGUUUCAUAAAUCUAAAAAAAAUACAGAGAUUUG